AUGGCAGCGACCGACAUAGCUCGCCAGGUGGGUGAAGAUUGCCGAACUCUCCCCCUGGCUGGCCAUGUGGGGUUUGACAGCUUGCCGGACCAGUUGGUGAAUAAGUCAGUCAGCCAGGGCUUCUGCUUCAACAUCAUGUGUGUGGGAGAGACAGGUUUGGGCAAGUCCACCCUCAUGGACACCCUGUUCAACACUAAGUUCGAGGGGGAGCCAGCCACCCACACACAGCCAGGUGUCCAGCUUCGAUCCAAUACCUACGACCUCCAGGAGAGCCACGUGGGGCUAAAGCUCACAAUUGUUAGCACGGUGGGUUUUGGGGACCAGAUCAACAAGGAGGACAGCUACAAGCCCAUUGUGGAAUUUCUCGAUGCCCAAUUCGAAGCCUACCUGCAGGAGGAGCUGAAGAUCCGCAGGGUCCUGCACACCUACCAUGACUCUCGCAUCCAUGUCUGCUUAUACUUCAUCGCCCCCACGGGUCAUUCCCUGAAGUCUCUGGACCUAAUGACAAUGAAGAAGCUGGAUAGUAAGGUGAACAUAAUCCCCAUCAUUGCCAAAUCAGACGCCAUUUCUAAGAGUGAGCUGACGAAGUUCAAAAUCAAAAUCACCAGCGAGCUUGUCAGCAACGGGGUCCAAAUCUACCAGUUUCCUACAGAUGAUGAGUCGGUGGCAGAGAUAAACGGAACCAUGAAUGCCCACCUGCCUUUUGCUGUUGUUGGCAGCACGGAAGAACUGAAGAUAGGCAACAAGAUGAUGAGGGCCCGGCAGUAUCCUUGGGGCACAGUGCAGGUUGAAAAUGAGGCCCACUGCGACUUUGUGAAGCUGCGGGAGAUGCUGCUUCGGGUCAACAUGGAGGACCUCCGGGAGCAGACCCACAGCCGGCACUAUGAGCUGUACCGCCGCUGCAAGCUGGAGGAGAUGGGCUUCAAGGACACUGACCCCGAUAGCAAACCCUUCAGUUUGCAGGAGACGUAUGAGGCCAAAAGAAAUGAGUUCCUAGGGGAGCUCCAGAAAAAAGAAGAGGAGAUGAGACAGAUGUUCGUCCAGAGAGUCAAGGAGAAAGAAGCUGAACUCAAGGAGGCAGAGAAAGAGCUGCAUGAGAAGUUUGACCGUCUGAAGAAACUACACCAGGAUGAGAAGAAGAAGCUGGAGGAUAAGAAGAAAUCCCUGGAUGAUGAAGUGAACGCUUUCAAACAGAGAAAGUCGGCGGCUGAGCUGCUCCAGUCCCAGGGUUCCCAGGCUGGAGGCUCACAGACUCUGAAAAGGGACAAAGAGAAGAAAAAUAAUCUAUGGCUGUGUACUGAAUAG